UCCUGUCACGGUCGUGCGUUCUUUAAGUAAGAGCCAUUCUUUGGAAGAAGUGGUAGGACCGACGAAGACCACACAAAGGGGAGUAAUUGUAUCACAGCGUUGGAAAUACAAUAAUGCUGGACUGAAUGGGAGCACCCGUUUCAGGCCGAGGUUUGGUUCCGGAGCACUAAAUCCUGCGAUAUAAGUACAGGGGUUGGUUGCGGGUCAACAUCCACGAACUACUUCCCCCUCCUUUACAUAGAGCCGCCUAGUUGGUCGAUAUCUUGACCUAUUCCACUGUCUCUACUAUUGAAGCUUGGCGCGCUUCGCCCUUUCCUUGCUUUCGACAACACAAUUGCAACCAAGACUACUCGUUAUGCACUUUUUUCCCACUUUUCUGCUGUCACUCCCGGCUGUCCAGGCAUCUUUGGCGUCUCCUUGGGCUUCCCUUAAUCGUGGUGUUGGGGCCCGUCACAAACCAGUGGCUCGUUCCCUUGUUGACCGCCGGACUAGCCCCCCGAUCGUCCCAGAUGUAGCACUAUCUUGGUAUGCUGGCUGGCACGCUGCCAAUUUGACCCCAGCCGAGGUUUCCUGGGAGAAGUACAGCGUUAUCACGUUUGCAUUCGUCGUAACCACUCCGGAUAUUUCGGAGCUUUCUGUUGCAAAAGAGGACGAUGCUACUCUUCGUCAGCUCGUCGCGCUUGGACAUCGUUCCAACACGUCAGUUUUGGCAACUAUUGGUGGAUGGACUGGUUCCAUGUACUUCAGUACUUCGGUGGCGACAGAGCAAAAUCGAACUAAAUUCGUUGCAGCUAUCAACAACAUCGUGAAAGAGUACCAACUUGAUGGCGUAGAUAUAGAUUGGGAGUAUCCUGAUAGUAAGGGAAUCGGAUGCAAUACUCUCUCUGCGAGCGACACUGCCAAUUUCUUGGAAUUCCUGAAAGAACUUCGUGCUUCCGAGCUCAAAGACAAGUUCAUCACCGCUUCAACAGCCAUAAAACCAUUCCUUGAUGCGAGUGGGAAUCCUUUACGGAAUGUGUCAGAGUUCGCCGAUGUCCUUUCGUGGAUCCACCUCAUGGUCUACGAUAUCUGGGGGUCAUGGAGCCCAACCACUGGCCCUAAUGCACCACUGAACGACUCGUGUGUUGCUACUACUCCUCAAUCCGCGGGAUCAGCUGUCUCCGCUGUUCAAGCUUGGACCGAGGCAGGCUUCCCUCUUGAGAAAUUAGUUCUCGGUGUUCCAUCUUACGGACAUAGCUUCACGGUGUAUAAUGCUGAUGCGUUCCAGAAGGGUUCAACGACUGAUUUAGUUGACUCGUUCCGUCCGUUCAAUGCCUCUGCUACCCCAUUUGGGGACUCAUGGCAGAGCGGUCCUGGUCUGGAUGCCUGUGGCAACUUGCAAGGAAAUAGCGGCGAAUAUGACUUCUGGGCCAUGAUUCAACUAGGCCUCUUGGACGAGAACGGGUUGCCUGUGAGCGGCACCCCUAACAUCUUUGAUACUUGUUCUCAGACUCCAUCCAUCUACAUUACGUCCUCCAACACUUGGAUCGAGUACGAUGACCCACGAUCCUUCAAGGCUAAAGGCGAGUUCAUUCGUCAGAAAGGUCUUAAAGGCUUCGCUAUGUGGGAAGCUGCUGGUGACUGGGAUGACCUUUUACUUGACGCCAUUCGAGAGGGAGCAGGUUUCCCUAACACCCCUUGCCAUCCCUAGUCAGUCUAGCCCCAAGGUGGGGGAACUGUGAGGCGACCUCGCAACAGCGGUGUUAACUCAGCGCCAAUACUUCAUGUCGCUGCUCGUUUGCCACACAUCCGAGAGCUGUCUUUCCAGUCUCCUUUCCCGAUGCUCUUAUGCUCGUCUGUGAUCAUGCAUUGUUUGCUGAGUUGUUAUUGCCUGAUCUUUUCUUUUAAGGUCACGGUAAUUUUUUGUUUCCAUUUUUAUAACUGCCAUCAUUUAAGCUUGUAUGCGGAUGAACCUAAGAUAGCAAUCACUAUCAAGUCAGCCUGCGAGCAGGUUGGCUUUACCUGAAGGACGUACAGCACGAGCGGCGUACCCUCGUGUUUGCAGCAUCAGAUGGCGCAAUAUUUUAGACAUCAAGUACCGAAUUACUUUAUUCACUGCCAACGAAUCGAUCUUUUUU